GUACAAAGAAGAAUCAGGAUGAAAAGAUGGCCGACUUUUUGUUACCACUGGGUUCUAACAGCUUCCACCGGUUCACACCUGAAUCCUUGGCUGCGAUCGAGAAGCGGAUCGCGGAGAAGAUCGCGAGGAACGCCAAGCAGGAAUACAAGGAACAGUUGGUCGACGAGGAAAAGCUGGGCCCUCAGUUUGACUUACAGGCCUGCAAGAAGCUACCCGAAAUCUAUGGGUCUCCUCCAUCGGAGCUCGUUGGGGAACCCUUGGAGGACAUCGACCCGUUCUACAGCGAUCACAAGACAUUUAUAGUACUGAACAGAGGGAAGACAAUCUUUCGAUUUAGUGCCACUCCUGCCUUGUAUAUACUUAGUCCUUUUCAUCGAAUCAGAAGAGCAGCAAUUAAAAUUUUGGUACAUUCAUUAUUCAGUAUGUUUAUUAUGUGCACUAUUUUAACAAAUUGUGUGUUCAUGGCAUGGUCAGAGCUCCCUCCUUGGAAUAAAUACGUUGAGUACACUUUCACGGGCAUUUACACGUUUGAAUCAUUGAUAAAAAUAUUGGCAAGAGGAUUUUGUAUGACUGAAUUCACCUUCCUCCGAGAUCCAUGGAACUGGCUGGAUUUUUGCGUUAUUGUCAUGGCAUACAUAACUGAAUUUGUGGACCUGGGCAAUGUAUCAGCCUUACGAACGUUCAGAGUUCUCCGGGCGCUGAAAACAAUCUCAGUCAUUUCAGGUUUGAAGACCAUCGUGGGGGCCCUUAUCCAGUCCGUUAAGAAACUCGCCGAUGUGAUGAUCUUGACCGUUUUUUGCUUGAGUGUUUUUGCCCUCAUAGGGCUCCAGCUCUUUAUGGGGAACCUGAGACACAAGUGUGUCCGCAACUUCGAGGAAUUUAACUCCACCAACGGCACGUGGGAUUCCUUGGAGGCAUAUCUGAACGACUCAGAGAACUACUUCGUUAAAGAGGGCGCGAAGGAUCCGUUAUUGUGUGGCAACAGCUCAGAUGCUGGUGCCUGUCCGCAAGGGUAUAGGUGUCUAAGAGCCGGCGGAAACCCCGACCAUGGUUUCACAAGCUUCGAUAGUUUCGGCUGGGCCUUUCUCUCCUUGUUCCGCCUCAUGACGCAGGAUUACUGGGAGCGCCUCUACCAACAGACCCUUAGAUCUGCUGGCAAGAUCUACAUGCUGUUUUUCAUGCUGGUCAUCUUCCUGGGCUCCUUUUAUCUGGUCAACUUGAUCUUGGCGGUGGUGGCCAUGGCGUAUGAAGAGCAGAACCAAGCCACCUUGGCUGAAAUGGAAGCAAAGGAGAGGAAGUUCCAGGAAGCCAUGGAAGCCCUGAAGAAAGAGCAAGAGGCCUUAGCUCGAGGGAUCGAUUCGAUGUCGCUGAGCUCAUUUGAAAUGUCACCUCUGGCUUCGAAAAAUUCCAAAGAGCGAAGAAGCCGAAGGAGAAAGAAGAAAUCCAUUGGGGCGGAAGACGACGGCGACGACUCAAAGGCACCGAAAUCUGAAUCGGAGGACGGCCAACGGAGAACGACUCUGGGUUUCACUUCUGGCUCCAUGGAGAACUCCAUGAAGCGCAAGGCCAGCCACGGCAGUGUCUUCAGCUUCCGGUUGCGUGGCCGGGACAUUGGCUCGGAGGCAGAUUUUGCUGAUGACGACAUCAGCACCGUCGGGGAGAGUGAGAGCCAACGGGGAUCCCUGCUUGCGCCGAGGAAUGGGAGGCGGCUGAGCAUGCAGAGCCAAGGGAGCCACAGCUCUCCGAACUACACGCUCAACGGCAAGAGGAACAGCUCGGUGGAUUGCAACGGGGUGGUUUCCCUGAUCGGUGGCGGCAGAGGGAGCCCUGAUCCGACGACCACGACGGAUGUGCUGCUGCCACCGGUGAUGACGGAGAAGACCGGGACAGGCGACACGACGUCUCCCUCCGAAGAAGUGAACAAGAAACAGCUUUUGUCACCUCACCGCCUUUCGGUGGAUCAAUCCGAGGAGCAUUUUCAAAGGCAGCGAGCUGUGAGCGCCGUCAGUAUCAUUACCAGUGCCAUGGAAGAGCUUGAGGAAUCGCAACAGAAGUGCCCCCCUUGCUGGAAUCAUUUUGCGGUUCGUUUUCUCAUCUGGGACUGUUGCCCGCUGUGGCUCUUGUUCAAGGAAAAAGUCAAGUUUAUCAUCAUGGAUCCAUUCAGCGACCUGACAAUCACCCUCUGCAUUGUGAUGAACACCCUCUUCAUGGCCAUGGAUCAUUACAAGAUGACAAAAGAAUUUGAGGAGGUGCUCAACGUUGGAAAUCUGAUCUUCACUGGGAUUUUUACGACUGAAAUGGUCUUCAAACUCAUAGCUCUGGAUCCGUACUACUAUUUUCAGCAAGGCUGGAAUAUUUUUGACAGUAUAAUUGUCACGCUAAGCUUGAUGGAACUAAGUCUUUCUAGCAUGGGAAAUGUGUCCGUGUUACGCUCCUUCAGAUUGCUGAGGGUCUUCAAGCUCGCAAAGUCUUGGCCAACGUUAAACACUCUGAUUAAAAUCAUCGGGAACUCUGUGGGUGCUCUGGGAAACCUCACCCUCGUCCUUGCCAUCAUCGUUUUCAUUUUUGCUGUGGUGGGGAUGCAGCUGUUCGGGGAUAGCUACUACAGACAUGUCAACAGGAUCAGCACCACGGGUCAGCUGCCACGCUGGCACAUGAAUGACUUCUUCCACUCCUUCCUCAUCAUCUUUCGCAUCCUUUGUGGGGAAUGGAUUGAAACCAUGUGGGACUGUAUGCUGGUGGAGGGUCAACCUCUGUGUCUUCUGGUCUUCUUGCUGGUCAUGGUGAUUGGGAAUCUCGUGGUGCUGAACCUCUUCCUUGCCUUAUUGUUGAGCUCGUUUAGUGCCGAUAACCUUUCCGCCCCAGACGAGGACGGGGAGAUGAACAACCUGCAGCUUGCGUUUGCACGCAUCAACAGGGGGCUUAACUACGUCAAGCGCGCAAUGUGGGAUUUCUGCUGCAGCGUCCUUCGGCAGCCAAAGGCGACUGCUGAGAAGAAGGCCAUGAUGAAGCUCGUGGCCCAGAACCCGGCCGUCGUUCACAACUGCAUCAACAACCACACUGCCAUGGAGUUUGGCAAAGAAGAGGAGAACCACAAGGAGAACCACAUCUUCGAUGACGGGGCUGAAAGGAACAGGCCGAAGCAACAGGUGGCCAAUGACCACAAUGAUGACUUCAUGACCAACCCAAACCUGUCCAUCUGUGUCCCCAUUGCGGUGGGAGAGUCGGAUAUUGAAGAUGAUGAGCAGAGCACAUUCACGGAAACAGACCAGGACAAACAGCAGCAACUGAAGGGGCCGCGCUACAAAAGCCCAGCCGUUCGGAGCCAGGCCUCUGAGAUUUGUGAAGAGUUAAGUGAGUUGAACACGGACAAACAGUCGAAAACGGAGCCUCCGCUCCCGUCAUUUGACGAAAUCAGCCUGUCGGAAGGAAGCACUGUGGAUCUGGCAAUCCCGACGGAUCUUCUGGAACAGAUGCCGGAGCUGGCAGAAGAGAUGAUGGAACCGGAAGAUUGCUUCCCGGAACUUUGCGUCCGAUUCUUCCCGUGCUGUUCGGCAGAUACUACUAAAUUUCCCGGCAAGACCUGGUGGCGGCUGAGGAAAACCUGCUACCAAAUAGUUGAACACAGCUGGUUUGAAACGUUCAUCAUAUUUAUGAUUCUCCUCAGCAGCGGAGCGCUGGCAUUUGAAGACAUCUACCUCGAAGAGAGAAGGAACAUUAAAACCAUGCUGGAAUAUGCGGACAAGAUCUUCACGUACAUCUUUGUCCUGGAAAUGCUUCUGAAAUGGGUAGCUUAUGGCUUUAAGAAGUACUUCACCAAUGCCUGGUGCUGGCUGGAUUUCCUCAUCGUAGAUGUCUCAUUAGUAAGCCUCAUAGCUAGUUCACUUGGAUACUCCGAAAUGGGUCCCAUUAAAUCCCUUAGGACCCUCAGAGCUCUGAGACCCUUAAGAGCACUCUCACGAUUUGAAGGGAUGAGGGUGGUGGUCAAUGCUUUGGUGGGCGCCAUCCCUUCUAUCAUGAACGUUCUGCUUGUCUGCCUCAUUUUUUGGCUCAUCUUCAGCAUCAUGGGAGUCAACUUGUUUGCCGGGAAGUUUGGGAAGUGCAUUAACAAGACGGAGGGCGAUGAGCCUCUGAACUACACUAUUGUCAACAACAUGACCAAUUGCCAGAGCUUGAAUGACACAGGAGAGUUGUACUGGACAAAAGUGAGAGUCAACUUUGACAACGUCGGCGCUGGAUACCUGGCUUUGCUGCAAGUGGCAACCUUUAAAGGUUGGAUGGAAAUUAUGUAUGCAGCGGUGGAUUCACGAGAGCGCGAGGAGCAGCCUAUAUGGGAGUAUAGCUUGUACAUGUACCUCUACUUUGUGAUCUUCAUCAUAUUCGGCUCUUUCUUCACUCUGAACCUCUUCAUUGGCGUCAUCAUUGACAAUUUUAAUCAACAGAAGAAAAAGAUAAGUGGACAAGACAUUUUUAUGACAGAGGAGCAGAAAAAAUACUAUAAUGCCAUGAAAAAACUGGGAUCGAAGAAACCCCAAAAACCCAUCCCACGACCAUUGAACAAGUGUCAAGGCUUCAUUUUCGAUGUUGUCUUGAAUCAAGCCUUCGAUGUUUUCAUCAUGCUCCUUAUCUGCCUAAACAUGGUCACCAUGAUGGUGGAAACGGAUGACCAGAGCCCCGAAAAAGUGAACAUCCUUUAUAAAAUCAACAUGGUCUUUGUUGCCAUCUUCACUGCGGAGUGUAUGUUCAAAAUGGUGGCUCUGAGGCACUACUAUUUCACCAAUGGCUGGAAUAUAUUUGAUUUUGUCGUCGUGAUUCUAUCAAUUGUAGGCUCUGUACUGUCUGACAUCAUCCAGAAAUACUUUUUCUCGCCUACCCUCUUCAGAGUCAUCCGCUUGGCUCGGAUCGGUCGGAUACUGAGACUUAUACGAGGGGCCAAAGGGAUCCGAACUCUUCUUUUUGCCUUAAUGAUGUCCCUCCCUGCAUUGUUCAACAUCGGGCUCCUACUUUUCCUGGUCAUGUUCAUUUAUGCCAUUUUUGGCAUGGCCAACUUUGCCUACGUCAAGCACGAGUAUGGGAUUGACGACAUGUUCAACUUCCAGACGUUUGCCAACAGCAUGCUCUGUCUCUUCCAAAUCACCACAUCGGCGGGCUGGGACGGUCUACUCAAUCCCAUUUUGAACACUGGGCCGCCAUAUUGUGAUCCAAGCCAUAUCAACACCAAUGGCUCAAAGGGAAAUUGUGGCAGUCCCGCAGUGGGGAUUCUGUUCUUUGUGACGUAUAUCAUUAUUUCCUUUCUCAUUGUUGUAAACAUGUACAUAGCUAUUAUUUUAGAGAACUUCAGUGUUGCCACUGAAGAAAGUACAGAACCUCUAAGCGAGGACGACUUUGAUAUGUUUUAUGAAAUCUGGGAAAAGUUUGACUCUGAAGCCACUCAAUUUAUUGAGUAUGCUGUACUUUCCAAUUUCGCGGACGCUCUGUCAGAACCGUUACGCAUCGCGAAACCAAACAAGAUUAAGCUCAUUGCGAUGGACCUCCCCAUGGUGAGUGGGGAUCGGAUCCAUUGUUUAGACAUUUUGUUUGCUUUCACCAAACGAGUGCUGGGGGAAUCUGGGGAGAUGGAUGCCCUUAAAAUCCAGAUGGAGGAAAAAUUCAUGGCCGCCAACCCAUCGAAGAUUUCAUACGAACCCAUCACGACCACACUCAGGCGGAAACAGGAAGAGGUUUCUGCCAUUGUCAUCCAGAGGGCCUUCAGGAGUCACCUAUUCCAGCGCUCCCUCCGGCAGGCCUCUUUCUUAUACCGCCAACAAGCUUGCCCCCUUGGGGACGAAGCGCCAGAGAAGGAAGGCCUCAUUGCGUCCAUGAUGAGCGAGAACUACGGGAGGCCAAUCGACAAGUCAGAAACUCUGUCGUCCACGUCUUUCCCUCCUUCCUACGACAGUGUCACCAGAGGCACCAGUGACAACUUCCCGCUACGGUUAACGGACUCUAGCAAAAGCGACGAGCCGCUAGACGGUCAGUUAUCGCCCGACAGAGAUCGAGAGUCCAUCGUUUAA